AUGUUAUCUUCGUAUUUUGAUGCCUUUUCUGUAAAACUAGCAACAAAAGAGGAAGUUUUGGAUAGAUCUCAAGACUCUGGUGAUGUGAAUAUUGUAUUGGUGUUUACUUUCAACUCUAAUCGGGAUUCUUCAGUCUUUGAAUUCGUUGUUGUUUCUUUUUUAUUGCUUAUCUCAUUAUUAGUGACUUUUUUUGGUUUGCUUUGCAUGGCAAAUUCUAACACACCUCACCGUAACAACCGCUUGAUUGUGAUAGCAGGAGUGUUCAGCUGGUUGGAAUUAGUCAUCAGCCGAUGUUUGGUGUUCAUAUUCCAGUUUUCAAAAAACUCCAGUCAAACAAAGUCUCAGUUACUUUUCUGGGCAGCGAUCUUUCGAUAUCAUUAUAUGUUUUUUGGAGUUCACUGUCUUUUGUGCAUUACAGGUGAAAGAGCAAUGGCGACAAUCCUGCUCAAAGACUACGAAAAUAAACCUCGCACAUGGAUUUCACUAAUCCUUCUUCUCUCCAACUUUUUUAUUUCUCUUGUCUAUACGUUGUUAGCCAUCUCUCAAUUAAUUAUGAUGAAAUUUGUAUUUGCUGUAUGUCUGACAGUCACUAUAUCUUCUAUGCUCAUUUUGGAGACAAUAUACUUUCUCAAUAGGAAACGUCUGGCAGCGCUGAUACGACAUGAUAAUAGCAUGGUAUUUUAUACACUUAGUGUCAAGUAUCAGUUGCAAGAAAAUGUGCGAUGGUGUAAGCUCAUCCGUCCAGCAGUGAUUUCCGUUGGUGGUUUUAUAAUAUUGAUAAUCAUGACAGAAUGCCUUCCAAUAUUGAUGGAUUUUUCCGAUGAAUUACAGGCAUGGUUUAAUUUGAUUUUUGAUACAAUGGCUCACAUAAAUGCCCUCAUUGUAGUCCCCACCAUUAUUCUUCUUAUGGAAGGAUUCCGAAAAGUUUUAAUACAAAAUUACAAGAAAUUCGUCAAAAUUUUCAAAACGAAGGACAUAAGAAUUGCGGUCAGGAAACAAUCAAUUUUUGUUUUUUCAAAACAGAGAGAAAACGAAGGAGAUGUGUAUUUCGAAAUGUUCAAUAAAAGUGUUGUUCCCCAAAUGCCUAAAGUGCCGCGAAGAAUCGACAGACACGAUGGAACAUCAUCUGAAGAGGAAUCAGAUGGAGAGAUUGUCGUCACCACUCGCCGAAAGUCGUUCGGUAUCCGGGUGGCUCAAACACCACAGCAAGCUGCGCAACAGGUUUUGAGCCAAAUCGGCAAUAUGGCUAGUGAACGUCAAGCCAACGAAGUGAUUGUCCAACAAACGCAAUCCACCGAAAAAACCGAAGCAGAGAAGAAAGCAUUGGAAAAUCAUCAAAAAAUGAUUGAAGCUCAACAACUCGCCAAAGCUCAGCAAGCUGCAGCUCUGCAGGCAGCUGCCGCAAGAGUUGCUCAGGCCCAGAGUCAGGCUCAAGCCAACCAGUCUCAACAACAGGCCCAACAGGCCCAAAGCCAACAGCAGGCUCAGCAAGAAGCUGCCUUGAAAGCUGCUCAGGAACAAGCCAAGAAAGCUCAACAAGAAGCUUUAGCUCGAGCCCAAGAAGCCCAGAAAAAAGCACAAGAGGAGGCCUUGAAAAAAGCUCAAGCGGCUCAACAACAGGCCCAAGCUCACGCCGAGGCGCAAAAAAAGGCUCAGCAAGAGGCAUUGGCUAAGGCUCAGGAAGCACAGAAGAAUGCCCUAGAGGACGCCCGGAAGAAAGCGCAAGCGGCCCAAGCGGAAGCUCAAAAAAAAGCUCAGGCCCAACAACAAGCCCAACAACAACAAAUGCUGGCUCAGAAGAAGGCCCAGGAAGAGGCUCAGAAAAAGGCGCAAGAAGACGCUCAGAAGAGAGCACAAGCUGCGCAACAACAAGCGCAAGCACAGAAAAAAUCUCAGGAGGAAGCACAGAAGAAAGCACAGGCUCAAGCUCAAGCUCAGAAACAAACUCAACAGGCCCAACAGCAAAAACCGGCUGUCCCAUCACAAAAAACUACUCCACAGGCUCAACAGAAACCAGCUGUACAUGUUCAGCAACAAGCUCAACAGGGACAAACUCAAAAAGGAACCCUGACACAGGUGCAACCAGUAGCUCAGGAAAUUCAUGCAGCAACUGGACCAAAAUGGAGCCGUACGCCUGGCAAGGUUCAAACCCAAGGUCCCCAGCCAGAACAACCAAAACAGUAUACUGCCGUAGCUCCACCUACAGGAAAAACAGCUCUUAGACAGACAGUUCAGGUCCAAGAACAAGACCUUGCUGCAGGCGUUCACUCUACAAUGUCUCCAGUGAUGGCCCGUAAACCACAGAUUCAGGCAGAUCAGUUGGCUCAAAAAUUUGUAGAGAAGCCAGAAGAACAAAAAGAGAAAAUCACCGUUCAAAAAGGCCAACAACUGGAAGGAGCUAAACGUUGGGUCGCAGACUCGGAAGUGAGAGAGCAACCGGCAAGCAACAUGCAACAAACUGAGAGAGGACCAAAAGCUGUGAUAUUGGCGGACGAUGCCUGCUGGCAAACCCAACGCCGUGUUCCCGUGGAGAUUCAACAGCCACAAGUCGGCAAAAUUGCUAUUCCAGAGUUGAGCGAGAAAGAGAUUCAAAGAACUAUCGUAGCUCAACCAGCCUCGUACCAAAAGGUCCAAUGGAACGAGUUCCCAGAAGAGCCAGUGUACGAACGUGAGGCAGCACCAAAGACAAAAACUCAGGAUUGGGUGCCAGUCAACAAUGAGCAAAACGAGUUGCAAAGAAGUAUCUAUAAGCCGGCUCGCAUGUCUGCCGUUUGGCCACCACCGCAAGAUGAAUUGGUCAAGGAAGGCCACUCCCCACUUGUCGUCAAGGCCAAUGACGACACCGCUUGGAUUCAACAGGACCAGAAUGGCGUUUUGAAACAAGCUGUCUGGGGAAAAACUUCUCGAAUCAAUCGCGUCUGGCCACCACCGGAGAACGAGUCGUCGUUAACUGAUUUUGGACCCCAACACAUGCCUGUUGUCCAAUGGCCACCACCAGAAGCUGAGGCUCACGAGCGUGAGCUCGUCGAAGUGCUCCAGAAGCACAUUCCGACCAAAAAAAUGGAGAGACAGUGGCCACCACCGCCACCACAGUACCAAGUUGUCGAAUCGUCCGGCGAAAUUGAGACUCGUUAUAAUCCUGCUGAGACUGCGGAAUCUCAACAAGCGGUGAAUAGUCUUCGCAUGGGACAUAUUCAAGCUUAA